AGCACGGUGUGCCUGUAAACACGGUGUGCCGUCAGUUGAAAGAUGGAAGUCCCAAGACUGAAGAAAAGACCUCGGCGCCUUUGUGAACAUUGCAACACUGAACUCUGUCAUACACAGUAUUUUGACCAUAGAAAGCGCUAUUUCAAAAAUGGAGUUUGGGAGAAGAAAUCCAAAAGGGCUAGGUCAGAUAACGUACAGAGCCUGCUGCUAUCCAGUCAUGACCGAACCGGCGGGAGUUAUGGACCGUCGAUGUGUAAAGACCUCGAAGAUAACUUGGCUGGAGUUGGAGAGAUUGAUGAAAGUGAAAUGCACUCCGAGGACCGAGAAAAAGAAGUGAUGGAAGAAUCUGAAGAAAUGCACCCAGCGACUAACAGUUCAGACAACGACGAAACAGCAGAUGACCAAAGCAUUCAUCUUUUCCUGGACUCCAGCGAUUCAGAGUCAGUGCAAGAUGAUGAAGACAUCUCCUGCUAUGUGGAUGAGUAUGUGACUGAAGAGGAUGAAGAGGGGGAAAGCCUCGCCUUCAACUCCCCUUCAACUCCUCUGCAUGGACACGAUCAACCCCUUUCAGCCAGUCCGCAGACCGGCGAGAAGAAACUGCUGAAUGCUAUCAGUGGGCUGUCUCGUCAGCUUACUCUGCUUGCUGCCGAUGUGAAUGAGCAGUUCACCGUAGUAAACUCCAGGUUGCUGUCCAUAGAGGAUAGGUUGGCUGCUUUGGAGUCGAAAAACUGUGUGGGAGACAGAGAGACUAACUCUAAGAAGAGAAGACGGGUGCACAAUCCCAAGAUUGCAGAAGCAGUACGCCGUCUUCACAACUCAGAGACAAAUUGUAGGCGCUACGAACCGGAGCACGGACUAACCUCUCCUCAUAACGAGGCUGUGACCUCCUAUUUGCUCGGAGCUAUGUCUGCAAGUCCUGAUUUACAUGAUGCUGAUAAUGACGCCAUUGUGUCUGCCUGUAAGACAUAUUACGAGACAGUACGCAGGAGCUUUAGGUACAAACAACCAGAUCAUGCAUCGCAGGCGGAAGCUGUGAAGAGUUCAGCUCGGAGUCGAUCGAGAAGAAAGAGGCUGCUGGAAGCAAGACAGAGUGUGCUAGCUAAGGAUGAGGUGGACCUUUGGAAGUGCGCCACCAUAGACCUGAUGUCUGAUGAGGAAGACGGCAUCGUUGGCGGGGUGUCUGGAUGGAUUGUGCGACCUCCGUCCUUUCGCAGCCAGGAGCUCACCGAGCUCUGUGCCACGCUGCAGUCGAGAUUAGAGGCGAUUCCGAAGUACAGGGCAACGCACCACAGACGUCUGCAAAAUGGACUGAAUUCAGACAGAAUGCCGCCAGUUACCAACAGCUCCGAGGCGGCAAACAGACACUUCACGGUGCUGUAGUAUUUUGGGCUUCUCAUGAGCUUCCCAUUUGUUGUGUGGGCAGAUCUCCUACACUUUGUACAUAGUUGUGUGUUUGUGCUAAUAAGGCUCUUUCUUU